CGUGUCGUGGCCCAUUCAGACGUCAGAGAGCGCUUUAUCAUCUCACUCUAGUGUUCAUUCACCCAUUUCCCGUCCAACUCAAUGCUGCAACUGAACGAAGUUCACCUUAGAUUCUUCCCUGAGUGUGCCAAUUUGUCAGAUACUGCCUCUAAUGGCUGCCAAUCUUUCUCUGCUACAACUCCCAUCUGUCCCAACACACUCUCUCCAAAGCAGAAUCCGUGCCAAGAAAUUGAAACACACCACAACCACCUUCACUUAUUCUACAAGACCGAACGGGAGCUCCAGAUACCCUACUAUUACAUGCUCCUAUUCGAAUGGACAAAGCCCCGAUUCAGUUGACGAUGGCGUUAAGAAGGUUAAGAGGAUUCUUGAGGAGAAAAAGCGGGCGGAGUUAUCCGCCCGGAUUGCUUCAGGUGAAUUCACAGUAGAGCAAUCUGGUUUUCUGUCUGUGCUGAGGAAUGGUCUGUCGAAAUUGGGAGUUCCGACGGAGUUAUUGGAUUUUUUAUCAAAAUGGAACAAUGUCAGUGAAGGGCAGCCAAAGAUUCCAGAGGCUAAAGGAGCUAUGAAAGCAAUAGGGGGUCAGGCCUUUUUCAUCCCCUUGUAUGAACUUUACCUCACUUAUGGUGGCAUAUUCAGGUUGACAUUUGGUCCAAAGUCCUUUCUGAUAGUUUCUGAUCCUUCUAUAGCAAAACACAUAUUAAGGGAGAACUCUAAGGCUUAUUCAAAGGGUAUCCUGGCAGAAAUAUUAGAUUUUGUUAUGGGGAAGGGACUGAUCCCAGCUGAUGGGGAGAUUUGGCGUGUCCGACGACGGGCUAUUGUCCCGGCAUUGCAUCAGAAGUAUGUAACAGCUAUGAUUAGCCUCUUUGGGCAAGCUACAGAAAGGCUUUGCAAGAAGCUAGAUGCUGCAGCAUCUGAUGGGGAGGAUGUAGAGAUGGAGUCAUUUUUUUCUCGGUUAACAUUGGAUAUCAUUGGCAAGGCUGUCUUUAAUUAUGAUUUUGAUUCUUUAACAAACGAUACAGGAAUAGUUGAGGCUGUCUAUACAGUCUUGCGAGAAGCAGAGGAUCGUAGUGUUGCACCUAUUCCUUUCUGGGAAAUUCCAAUAUGGAAGGAUAUUUCACCACGUCAAAGAAAGGUUUCUGCAGCCCUCAAGUUGAUAAACGAUACACUUGAUGAUCUGAUUGCAAUAUGCAAGAGAAUGGUAGAACAAGAAGAACUGCAGUUUCACGAGGAAUACAUGAAUGAGCAAGAUCCUAGUAUUCUUCACUUUCUCUUGGCGUCAGGAGAUGAUGUUUCCAGCAAGCAACUCCGUGAUGACCUAAUGACAAUGCUUAUAGCUGGGCAUGAAACAUCUGCUGCAGUUUUAACAUGGACCUUCUACCUUCUCUCUACGGAACCUAGUGUCAUGUCCAAGCUUCAAAAUGAGGUUGAUUCUGUCCUCGGAGAUCGAUUUCCAACUAUUGAUGACAUGAAGAAAUUAAAAUAUGCAACCCGAGUUAUCAAUGAAUCUUUGAGGCUCUACCCCCAACCGCCUGUGUUGAUUCGUCGUUCUCUUGAGGAUGACAUGCUUGGAGGGUACCCAAUAAAGAGGGGUGAAGAUAUUUUUAUUUCUGUUUGGAACUUGCACCGAUGCCCUGAUCAUUGGGUUGAAGCAGAUAAGUUCAAUCCUGAAAGGUGGCCCCUAGAUGGACCAAAUCCUAAUGAGAUCAACCAAGAUUUCAGUUAUUUGCCCUUCGGUGGAGGACCACGCAAAUGUGUAGGGGAUAUGUUUGCUUCAUUUGAGACUGUGGUUGCACUUUCAAUGCUUGUUCGUAGAUUUAACUUUCAAAUAGCCGUUGGGGCACCCCCAGUUGAGAUGACAACAGGAGCAACCAUUCACACAACUGAGGGGUUGAAGAUGACAGUUACCCGAAGAACAAAGCCUCCUAUUAUUCCUACCUUGGUAACAUCUGUUGUAAAAGGGGAUGACAGUAGUCCUCUUAAGGAGCCAUCUCCAACUAUGGCAUCAUCAUCUAUGGGCAUUUUAGAAGCUGACCAGCAAUAUGAUCAGCAAGGUCAGAUUUCUCCAGCUCAUUCCUAAUAAAUAUUGAUUGUCAGGUUUUACCUACAGAGCAUCAGAUUUAUGAAUUGUAAAUUAUUUGUAAACGGAUAGUUAUAAAAAAAAAAAUAUAUGUAUCAUAUUUCUCAAGCAAUUAAUUCCUUAUUGUGAGGGCUUUAUUUUUACUCUUGCAUUUUGUUUUCUUUCUGAUUUUCUCUUUUUGGCGACAACUGAUGAGAUGUGUUGAGGGAAGAAAGGGAGCACAAGUUAUUUGUCAACAAGGAAGGACAAAAAUAGUCCUUUCCUCA